GCGGCGUGUUGUCGCUGGGCAUGUGCAGAGUGUUUUCCCCCGACUUCCGGCCCCUUGAAUAAGAAUCACCGGGUUUGAUGAUUAGAAAAAAUAGAUAAUAGAAAAAAAAGAGUUGAAAAAAUACUGACCGUCUUCCUUUUACCUUCAACAGUGUGAGCAGCGUGAAGUGUUCAUCGGCCGCAUCCAGUCUCUGGAAAUUAGCGCACAGGCCGCGCUGGCUUCUGCUAUCGAAGAGAUGACCCAGGAGCCAGAAAAUGUCCUGGGGUUGCAGUGGAGAGAGAUGGACCCAUCCAGGAUGGAACAGCUCCUGUGGGAUCUUGUGGCCCGGGUUCAAAAGCUGGUCUCUGAGCGAGAUGCAGGAUUGGAGCAAUUGUGGGAGCUGCAGCAGAAAAAGGAAACCCGCCUGGUUCCCCAGCUGGAGAGCCGUCGUUCCCGUCUCGGGGUCCAGCUUGCAGAAAGUCAAGCACAAUUGCGGCGUCUACGAGGCGAGCUGGAGAGGAAGAUGGAGGAGCUGCUGGACCAGCAAGAGGAAUCAAAGAAUUUGGAGCAAGAGCUUCAAAAGAUGCGGCAAGAGAACCGUGCAUUGGCAGGUGAAGCUCGCCAAGCCAGAUUAUACCAGGACGAAUUAGACGCCCUGCGAGAGAAGGCAUUUCGGGCAGAGCGACUUCAGUCGGAGCUGACAGCCAUGAGGGAACGGAUACCUGCUUUGGAACGAUGCCGGGCGCAGCUGAAGGAGGAGCGUGACUUCUCCAAGGCCCUGUUGGAGGCAAAAGCCAUGAUGGAGGACGAGCUAGACGCCACUUAUGCCCGAGGCCAGCGCCUGAGUCAGGUGGAGAAAGAAAAGCUGCGUCUGCAAAACCACUUGAACCAAAUCCAAGAGGAACGGGAGCAGCUUUCUUGCCAAUUGGAGGAGCUUUUGAGAGAGAAUGUGGUCCUGAAGAAGCAGCUGCAAGAAACUUUAGAGAAUUCCCUGAAGGUAUUAUGGUCUGAAGACUCUGAUUGGCAUGUGAAUGAAUUUCCCCAAGCACCCCUUUUGCUGGGCUGUGAGAUGAAGGAGGCGGAUCGACUGCCAGCCCUAGAGAAGGAGAAUCAGGAACGGCGCAGGUUGCAGACUGUGUUAAAAUCAAAGGAUAUAGAAGCAAACCAGCAGGACACCACCCCUGAUGGGACGCUGGAGCGGCUGCCCAGCCAGGCGGAAGAGCAGAACUCAGACCUUCAGGAACACAAACCAGGGGUUCUGGUGCACCAAAAGAAGAAAGAUGGCCCCCUUGAAACAGCAGAAGGCCAGGCCCCGAAGGAGGAAACCAAGACCUCAGUAGCUGAAAUGGAGGCCGCCUUGUCCAAGGCUCGGACUCUGCAGCAGGAGGCUGAGCGGAAGUGGGAGGCCGAAUCCGUUCAUGCAGCGAGCCUCGAGGAGAAGCUGAGGAGCAUAGAGGGAGCGUACACCGAAGCCCAGGAGGAAUGUGACCGGUGGCACUUAGAGACGGAGCACCUGAUGGAACAGAUCCAGGCUUUGGAGCGGGAGAAGGAGACUUUAAAGGCAGGAUCCCAGGUCCUGCAAGACGCAGCAACCCAGGCUGAGGUCGACUUAAGCCAGGCUCAGCACAGCCUUCAGAAGGAACAUCUUCAGGGGGCCCGGCUAGCCCAGAAGCUCCAACGUACCGAAGAAGACUUGAGUGAGGCUCAGCAGGAACUCAGAAGCCUGCAACGCAGCCUAGAGCAGCACAGGGUCACCCUGGCUCAGCAGGAGACUGAGAAAGAGGCCUUGGAGGAGGCGCUGAGCCAACUAGAGCGCUGCCGGCGGCAGCUCGACAAGGAAAGCUGGCGGCUGAAGGCCAAAACUCAGGCCCAGGAGGAGGCGCUGGCCGAGCAAGGCAGCCACCUGGCCCUCCUUGAAGCCCAAACUUGCCAGCAGGCAGCUGAGCUCAGCAGCCUGCAAGAGGCUCUCCAACAUCUUGGAGAGCUGGAACAGGAGAGCGCAAGCUUGAGAAAGCAACUGGAAGCCAGGGAUAACGCAGCCGCCAUCCUGGAAGAGGAGCUGGGGAGAGAAGAGGCUGGGCCGAAAGAGAGAGCAGCUGGCGGGGCUGAGCCGAAGGACCAGCCGUUGAAGGAGCAGCACAAUCCUCAGGCAGAGGCCAGCAGCAGGUAAGGCUGGCC